UGGUGUAGUUGGAAAGGUUUGGGGUCUUUAUGUGCUGGUGACGAGGGUUCGAACCCACUCGUGAAAAUAUUUUAUUUUAGGUUCCGAUUUGAGUGUAUUUUUUAUUUUUUCUUUUUUUGUUUACCAUUUUUUGCCAUUGGUGGUGCAGUCGGAAAAUUCUGAGUUUUUAUAAGUAUUGGCUAGAGGUUCGAGUCAUGUUGAAUUUUUUUCUUUUAACUUUUUGAGACAUUUUCUAACUUUCUUUUCAGCUUUAUUUUCAACAAAAAAAUUUUUUUAAUAAAAAAAAUUUAUUUUUUCAAUUUUACAGAUAUGGCACUAUUGUGACUAUUUUGCUUUAUUUAAUUCGAUUAGUGUCUUUACUGGUUCUUCCUCAAUGUAUUUGCAAUUCACUUGGACUAGUUCUCUUUAAUGGUUUUAAAGACAAAAUAAAGCUCAAAUCAACGCCUUUAUUUGCUCCAUUUAUUUGUUUUAGAGUUGUUACUAAAGGAAAUUUUCCUGAAUUAGUUAAGGUUCGUGAACUUAAAAAAUUGAUUUUUUAAACUCUUUUUAAAUGGGGGUAUUGCUUCUAGUAUUCAACUUGGGACGGGAUCCAACGCGGUAUUUUGUGAGAUUCAUUGUCCACAAUCCCGUACCUUUUUGUUUGGAUUUUCUGGGCUGUGGGACUUAUCCCUUUUUGGACUGCGAGAAGAAUUUUUGUAAAAAAUUGGUGGUUAGUUGGGGGUUGUGGAGUAGAAGGGAGGUCUAGAUUACUAGCAGUUUUUAACGCUUACUAGGAGGGGUUCAAAUAAAAAAAGGUUAUAGACGGAUCCCCAGUAGUCAACACCUCGCUCACCAAGCACCUCAUACUUGGUGAGCGAAUUUGCCUAGAGCAAUAACUGCCAUGUGGUUGUAUGCUUAAUGCCUGCCCGGGGCUUAACUUUUAACUCUCUCCUAUUAGCUUUUUUAAAAGAAAAUUUUUCUAGAUGAAUCUCGAAAAAAAUCUUCAAACGUGUCAUGAAGCUGGACUUGAAAGUUUUAUUUUUGAAGUAGUAACAGACAAAUCAGUCAAUUUGCCUCAUUGUAAUCGAGUUCGAGAAGUUGUUGUUCCUUUGGAUUAUAGGACAAAAACUGGAGCAAAAUUCAAAUCUCGAGCAUUACAAUAUUGCUUGGAAGACAAAGUUAAUAUUUUUGGAGACGAUGAUUGGAUUGUUCAUUUGGAUGAAGAAACACUCCUUUCUGUUAAUUCGGUGAACGGAAUUUUAAAUUUUUGUGAAGACGGAAAACACCAUUUUGGCCAAGGUGUAAUAACUUAUGCUCAAGGCGAAAUUGUAAAUUGGCUGACUACUUUAUCUGACUCUUUCAGGGUAGCUGACGAUAUGGGUAAAUUACGUUUUCAAUUUAAAGUGUUUCACAAACCUUUAUUUGGUUGGAAAGGAUCUUUUGUUGUUACAAAUGCUGGAGCCGAAAAGAAAGUUUCUUUUGACCAUGGUCCUGAAGGUUCUAUAGCUGAAGAUUGUUUUUUCUCCAUGGUUGCAUUUCGAGAUGGUUAUUCUUUUGACUUUAUUGAAGGAGAAAUGCAUGAAAAGAGUCCAUUCACUUUUUGGGAUUUUCUUCAACAAAGACGACGAUGGUUGCAAGGAAUAUUUUUAACUGUUCAUUCAAAAUAUAUUCCUUUUCGAUGUAAAUUUUUGUUGGCAAGUUCACUUUAUGCUUGGGUUACUUUACCUUUAACAACUUUACAGAUUUUUUUAAAUCCACUUUUGCCUCUUCCAAAAGCGUUUGUACUUGAUUUUCUUGUUGCUUUUGUUGGCGCUGUAAAUCUGUACAUGUACAUUUUUGGUGUUAUCAAAUCAUUUUCACAUAAAUAUAGGUUUCUUUAAAAGAAUUUUUCGGGGGUUUUUGGCUCUUGAUUAUUUCUUGACCACAUCAACAUCCCUUUUGGGGCCACUAACCACUUCCUCUUACCAUUCCUCUGGAUUUUUGUUGGUGCCUUAAGUAAUCCCCUAGGCUUUCAACACCCGGUCUCCCUUUCUGGACCACUAGUCACCCUCUCUGAAUUUUCUGCUGGACCACUAAACACCUCCUCCUGGCUUCUGAUCAUUUUUUGGAUCCCUAGCCACACUCUACAUUUUAUUUUUAAAUUCAGAAACAAUUCUUGGAGAUUGCUCAUUUAUACAUUAGCUGCACUUGUAGCUAUUCCAUUUAAUAUUUGGAUAGAAAAUAUGGCUGUUUUAAUGGGUAUAUGUUCAAAUAAAUUUGAAUUUUACGUUGUAAACAAAGACACAAGAUUAAUUAAUAGC